AUGCCGCCAAAACGCGCCGCAAGGACGGCUGCCAAAGCCGCGCCUGUCACCGACAAGAAGACUCCAGCGACCAGAGGAAACCGAUCGCAUGUGCAAAAGUCCACACCGCCGCAGGAAGAACAGCCAGAAGCCAACAGUGCUGUCCGCAGUACCCGAUCGCGCAAGUCGACAACUACCGAGCAAGAUGCCCCAGCACCAGAAGAACAAGCAGAAGCAGCCGCGACGAGCGAUGCGAUUCCUCAGCCACGCACGAAACAGCGCCCAUUGACGCGUGGUCGACCUCCGAGAACCGUCAAGAAGCCAGCACCGAGUCAGGCGAACAAAGGUGCCUUGGAUGCUUUGAAGGCGCGUAUGGAAGAAGAUCGCAGAGCCACAAAAGCUGGAGUCGUACCACCGCCUGCGCCGCAGAGUCGAUCGCAACAAGCUGAACACGCUGUGCGAGUGGCUACAAACAACGAUGGAGAUGCUGCAAUGGUACCUGCCCGUCCGGUGCCACGAUCGCCCUCACCAGCCAGACAGACGGCAGUGCCUGGAACGGCUGUCAAGGCGCCUGCUAGUGUCGCGCGUCCGCAGUCAGCAUUGAAGAUGCAGAGUACGCCUGGAGCAGAGACAUCUGUACUGGCUUUGCAGAACUUCAGACGCCGCCCUCGUCAGCCUAGUUUGCUGCAGAUGGUUCAAAAUCCUGAGUUGGCAGGCACCCCAAUCGACGACACUACCGAUUUCACCUUGGGAAGCUUGGGUGACGAGGAUGAUUUCGCGCCGCAUGACGAGAGUACGCCUCUGCAGCUUGCUAAGGGUAGGCCGAUUGAGGUUGAUCAGGAGCCGGAGGAAGACGAGGAUGAGGAAGAACAAUUGCCAGAGCAGGACAAGGCCCAGACACCGGAGGCAGCUCUUCCUGAAGAUGAUGACGAGUUCUACGGGGCAACACCACAGAAGUCAACACGGCAGAGCCGCAAGCGCAAGUCAGACGCCAUCGAAGAAUCUGAGGUCCAGAUUGUUCGCUCGUCUCCCUCAUUGCCUUCGCCAUCACGUUCAAUUGUCGAACAUGAGUACGAAACCAUCCCUGCGACGGCACCCGACGAUGAGGAGGAAGAGGCGGCAACCACCGAAUCGCAACAACGACGACUGCUCAGCGACACAUACGCCGAUCCCCUCAGCAGCUCACCACCACCCGAACCCAUCAGUCCCAACUCUCCCGAGCAACGUCGCCAAACUCCCGCCAUAUCUCCUUCAGCCAUCCGCAAAUCUGCUCGUGGAGGAGGUCAAUCUAAGAAAGCGCCCAAACCCUUGACCACCGCAACAUUACGAGCCAUGCUUCCCAAACGCCGAGCUCAACGCAAAGACGAAUUCGACUUCUCCUCCAGCUCAGCCCACGAAGCAAAUUCAUCCGCAUUCGAAGAAGAGAGGAGGAAAAGAGCAAAGACGAAGAAGCCCACAGCUCCUAAGAAGACUGCACCCGUCAAACUCACCAAGAAACCCACCACCGCUGCAGUAAGCAAGAGGACAUCACGGACGUAUGCUCGCAGCAACAAGGAGAACAACCCUGUCCAUAUAUCUUCCGGCUCUUCUUCGUUGUCAGAAUUGAACAGCGAUGAACUGGAAGCUGACGAAACUGCCGAUACCAGUCUUGAUACUAUCAAGGGUGGAAAGUCAGACGACAAGCUUUCUGAAGAACUGAGGAAGGCCAGGGAUAAGUUUGCAGAAGUUGAUGAUUGGGAGAUGGAGUUCGAAAGUGCGAGUUUAGGGGGCGGCGAGGCUAGUAGUCCAUGGCGAUGA